CAUUACGUACCGGUAACUAGGGUUUCACUCAAAUAUAAAGUCCCACCUUCUCGUUUUGCUCCGCCAAAGAGAAGAAGAACCCUAGCGCAGAUCGAAGCUCUCACUCUCUUCUCGAAAUGGCCAAGUCAAAGAAUCACACAGCUCACAACCAGUCCCGCAAGGCCCACAGGAAUGGCAUCAAGAAGCCCCAGAGGCACCGCCACACCUCCACCAAGGGGAUGGAUCCCAAGUUUCUGAGGAACCAGAGGUACGCCAGGAAGCACAACAACACCAAGACCGAAGAGUCGGCCGAGGAGUAAGAGCGGGACCUGCAUGAAGCUCUUCGGGUUUUAUUCUGAUUAGGGGUUUAUUAUUAUUUUUGUUUUCAUGUUGUUUUCGGAAAAACGUUGAUGUUAGUAACGUGGUAGUUUGAUGUUACUGUACUGGGAUUUAUGUAGGAGCUGGAACUCCUUUUUAUGCUAAAGAUGUUAUAAGCUUUUUGGUUAA